AUGGAUCGAAAGACGAGGGGGCUGGAGAGUCAACUGUGUAAAGCUGUGAAGGAUGGACAACCCAGAUCUGUGCAGCAGCUUCUCUCACAAGGUGCACGUCCUGACCUGGUUGGUAGUAAGGGGGUAGCUGCAAUACACUUGGCUGUCGGCAAAGAGACUGAGAAGAACAACCGCUGCUUGAAAAUGUUGCUGCAACAUGGAGCUGACCCUAAUAUCAGAUCAUCUGAUGGGCUGACUCCAGUCCAUAUUGCUGCACUGUGGGGAUGUUAUCAAAACCUGAGGCUGCUCUUGAUGAAUGGAGGGAAUCCCAACCUUAAAGAUAAUGAAGGAAAUACACCUGGGCAUCUUGCACAGCAACAGGAGAAUCAAAAAUGUGCCCAGCUUCUUCAGGAGUACGAGACCAGCUGUGUGGACACAGAGGAGGACGACUUGCCUCAAUUCCAAUACUCUGUGUAUUCAGACCAAACGGACAUGUCCAGCUAUCCUGAAUCAGACUACAGCUUCAGUUCCUGUUCAUCUAUGAUAAGUGACUUUGGCGAAGCCCCAUUGAGCAGCACAAGGCGCUCAUCAUUUUUCAACCUAUCUAGCAUUAAUGGAAGGCCAAGUUGCAGAGGAAUGUCAUAUAACAGACUUUCUUAUAUGGACACUAAACAGCAUCACACCCAGGGCUGGAACACAUUGUCACACUGGACAUCUGAAGGUCCCUCCAUACUGUCAAGCACUCGCUGGUCUGAAGUGGGGCCUGCACCUGUAUCACCAACUCUUAAGGAGGAGGAUUUGUGUAUUGAUGAUGUAAAUACUGUUUCAAACGACGGCAGAAUCUAUCCCUCCAAAAGAGACACUCCCCCUGCAUUACCGUCUAGGCGAGCAAUCCGUAAGAGUGUAAGCUUCAGGGAUGUAGAUGAAUAUUUCCCUGUUUUUAGUCCUGAAUAUCCAAAAGAGCCGCCUACUGUUGGCACUAGCAUAUUAGCCUUUGACCUAUCUGAGUACUCUGACUUCCUGGAUUCAGAACGAAUGGCCACUGUUUUACCCCAGCAGGGCAUCGAUGUCACAUCACCGGACCAUGUUUUUGUUUUUGGCAGGGGGAGCAGUGAGAGCGCAGAAGAGGACAUGGAGAAAACGGUCAUCAUUAAUCACUGUGCUUUUCAAGAGAGUGAUGAUGAAGAAGAGGAUGCAAAUGUAAAAGAGCCUCAGGGGAACAUACCAGGGCAUGUAGUGGGUUCCUGUGGGAGCAGUAGCAGCAGUGGGACCAGCAGUAGUCAUUAUAGUAGCUGUGAGAGCGACCAUUACACCAGCGCUCUGGAUGCUUCCAUACACCCCAGGCAACUCUUACUCCCUGUGGUAGAGGAAAUAUCUGUUAGUGUUGUAUCUCCCAAAAAGACUGCUCAGUCUGAACCUCAGAUAAAUUCAGAACUUGAAAGUGUUGAGCAUUUACCACGUAUGCUUGAUAACCUGGUCUUGUCCGAAGGAAAACACCCAAACAAUCAUGUACUAAAGGCAGACACCCCAAUGAUCGAUGCAGCUGAAGCAACUCAGGAAGAUUUCAACCAUACCUUUACACCAAGUCCUUUUGUAACAGGCAGGACACGUUCAAGAUUGAGUCGCUGCUCACUGAGAACAAGCAAAACGCCUGAGAGCCUCUUCUUCACGUCUUCCCUGUUUGAGGAGACCUUGCCUACUCCGGUUCGAUCACAGCGUCAGACACUCAGGUGUCAGACCAGCGAUGCCUUUUACAGUUCACCACAUGCACCAUGUGUAACACCAUCCUACUCAGGGAGCAGCACUGGGGGAGGUUCCUUGCCUACUGAUGACCAAGACACACAGUCCAACACCCUGAAAGCCAGUUCAAGUGUUAGCAACAGCCAAGCUGAUACCUUCAUCCUACCUAAGAGUGUAACUGGUAGUGCUGUUGGAUCACAGACUCUGUGUGAUACAGUCAUAAUGGAAAAAAAUCAGUACUCUUCAAUGGAUGCUUAUAAAAGAAACCUUGCAGAGGUUAUACUGGCUAUGCAAAAACAAGGUAGGGAUCUCCCUGAGGGCAGCUAUUUUCUUACUGAUGAUCUGACAAGUACAGAUGAGGCAACAAAAAGGGGAAACAUAAAUGAUGCCCCUGAUGUGGACUGCCUGAAAAACAAAGGUGUCUGGAUCACUGAGGACUGUAGUUCUCGGUCAGACUCUGUGUCAUCUUCAUCCAGCUCCAGCUAUUUUUCCCCAAAAAGAUCUAAAGAAGACUCUGACCUUCCUUGCACCCCAGGCACCGGGUGUACCCCCAGAUACAGCAUGAGCCAGCUGUCGAGCUGCCGUAGGCCACAGCACCUGGCUAACCUAUCUUACACCCCCGGGGGGCGUCCAGUCAUUCAGGAUGUGGAUGAACCAGUGGAGUACCUCUACACUGAUACAGAACAAGGCCACAAGCUUAUUGAGAUUCAUGUCCCACCUACAGCUAACACCUCCCUCAGCUCCAGCAUGAGUACUACCAGCAGUGAGGAGACCAUCCUUUAUGACUGGCGAUCCAUGCAGACUGACAUGAAGCAGAACAAAGGAAAGGAGAACGAGAAACCACAGGAGACAUUACAAAAUGUGGAAAGAGAUGAUGGAAUGGACAGGUUGUUGCUAGAGACCAAAGGGAUGACUGACAAGGAGCUGAGAAAGAGGCUAUUGGAGCUGGGGGAGAACCCGGGUCCCAUCAACAGCCGUACCAGGCCAACAUACAUGCGAAGGCUGUGCCGCCGGUUGCAGGAGUCAAAUUCCCAAUCACCACAUGACCAGAAUUAUAGUCCAGAACUGAAUCUGGUCCUGCAGACUUUCAAGCUGCCUGACUGCUGGGUUGACGAGCAGGCUUUGUGCCAGCAGUUUGACCAACCAGAUCAGAACAGAAAGUGGAGGGAGGGCAUUAUCAAGUCUAGCUUCAACUACCUUCUGCUCGACCCAAGAGUCACAACCAACCUCCCAUUAAGGAGUCAGACUAUGACUCCACAGGAGUGUUUCCAGACAUUUGUCCACGCUAUAUUUUAUGUGGGCAAGGGAAAACGCUCCCGUCCCUACAGCCACUUGUAUGAGGCUUUGGAGUACUACACAGGGGACAAAACCUCUAAGAAACUGUGUAGCAAAGUGCAGCACAUCCUUCAGGUAUGGAACGCCAAGCAGGGCGUCAUUUCACUCCACUGCUUCCAGAACGUCAUUCCAGUGGAGGCAUACACAAGAGAGGCCUGCAUGGUGGAGGCCAUGGGGUUAAAGAUGCUCACCAAUCAGAAGCGAGGAGAUUAUUAUGGUUUGGUGUCCAACUGGCAGGUAAAGAGGAAGCGUGAGCUGGGUAUCCACCUACUUUACCGAGCCAUGCAGAUCUUCCUGGCUGAAGGUGAGAGACAGCUCAGACCAGCAGACAUCAGACAGUAACAGCCCCCACUGGAUGGGGGCUUGAAGUGAAACACAGAGCCAACUCUGGGAGAACACCACUAGUUUGGAAUCCAAAGCCAUUCGUGGUCAAACAAUUUUGCACUUAAGAGUUGGGUGAUGGUUUCCAACAUCAACAACAGCCCCAAUUUCUCUUUCCCUUCACAAUAUAGAGUUUGUCAUGUGUCAUAUCUUCUGGUAACAUUCACAUACCUUUGAGCUUGUCAGUUAAUAUCUUUGUGCUUUUUUCCAUUCAAGUGUCUAAAGUUUCAAUUAAUAAUAAUAAAAAUAUUAAUAAUAGGUGUGAUUUAUAAAGCGCCUUUCACAAACCCAAGGACGCUCUACAAAAGUAUCCUUUACAGUCAGAAAAGCUGACUGAUUUCCUCAUUUCUUUGUGUAUAUUAAUUAUCUGUCUAGAUUUCUCUAAAAGCUGAUUCCACACAAAAAAUGAAAGUGGAAUCAUGUCAUACUGAACGAAUGAAGUUUUCCACUUACAGAAAAGUCAGUGAGUAAAUAACAUAAUGUGAAAAACAAAACUGUGAGACUGCAUAUGUUACAGAUGUCAUGGAAAAAUAAGCACAUCGUUUUUCAAAAACAUUCUUCACAGUGGGACAUUUUUCUUCUUCUGCACUACUAAUGACUUUUCCAAAUUGAUACACAACAAUAUUCAAAUGUCUUAUGCAGCAUUAUCACAUUAGCUAGUUCCACAUUGCAGGGAGCAAUUUAUAGUUUUCUCUUCAACUCAUACUGUGGCUUUCUUCAGGAAAAAAUGAGUGAAUCUUGUCUGAGGUAUGUGUGAGGGUGCACACAUUCUAUUUUUAUAAACCACUUUAUGUGAUGGAAAUGGCAUACGCGUGUUUUUCAUGCGGACUCAUCGUUUAUACAUCUGGCCUCUGGUAGUUAAUCACUGCUUUUGUAAUGUUAAAAGACAGAUGGAGAUGAAUAUCAGCAGAGGCUGAUUACUUGUACUUAGCGUGAUAGAAUUCAUGGAUAAUAAAGAAUGUAUAGUUAUAGUGUAUAGUUUUAGUAACUUAAUGUUUGAUGUUAUAUGAUUUGUUUUCAUGGCUGGAUUUCCAUUUCAUUUGUUAAGACAUUUUGUUUCUGUAAAAGAAAAAUGCUUUGCAGGCAAGCUGAUGAUAUGAUAGUGAUAGGUCAGUGUAAUCAGCAGUUAUGUAGGAACUCAGUGCUUGAGUUUGUAGUACAUCAGCAACUAAGAUGCUAAGAUAUGUAUCGGCCAAAGUAAUCCCAAAUUGAAGUUACUUUUUCUACUUUAAAAAAAAAGGAGAAGAAAAAAGAAGUUUGCAUACAUUCUCAUCCCCCUUUCUACAUUAAUGACUUAAGCUUUAAAAACAUCCAUUGUCUCCUCAGGGUAUUAUAUUGGAUCAGUUGUAUUGAAGCUGUACAUCUCUUCUUUUGUUUUAAUCACAAAAAUGCAUUAAUACUAACUGUUGCAAACAACUUGUGUUUUAGAAAUAUGCAUAUAUAUAUUUUUUACAUUAUCAGUCCCUGGGUUAAAGGAAUAUACACAUGAGAUCAUCAUAAAGUGGAGUAAAACACUACCUAUUGCAAUAGUACAGUGGGAAAAUUAAUAGGUAUAACACUCCUCGAUUAUAUUUGUGUUUGACAUGGUCUCAUGAUUGUCCUG